GUGAUCAAGGAGGGAAAGAAGGAUUCUCUUUGUGAUUCUCUCUAUCUCUCUUUUUAUUACUCCACCCCCUCCAUUAGUCUCAGUCUUGGUUAGAACCAUAGAACCCUCCCUCCCUCCCUCUAUUAGUGUCUCCAAGGGUUGGAGUACUUAGUGUCACGAGUCAUUAUAAGUCACCAGUUGGAGUCUGCCUUGUCUCAAUAUGGAGGACGUUCCUCCUAACAGUUUGACUGCUCCUCCAGUGGAUGGAGCUGGUUCUGUAUUUCAAUCCUCUCUUUAUUUUGGGUCUCCCGAAUCACCCUCUGAUAAUCCAUUCUCGUUUGCUGCUGUGACGUCCACUGCUGGAGUAGGCGUGGCCCCAGAACCUCUGGUUUCAGUUCCUGGUACUUCAGAUACUCAUACCAGUCAGACUGAUACUCAUACCAGCCAGAUUCAUACUGGUACUGGUACGAGUACUGAAUACACUGUACAGGAACCACCUGCUGCUGUUCAUCCACCUACCACUAUACCAGCGUCCACUAUACCAGCAUCUAGUGUACCGGUACCAUUGAUGGGUGUGGCUCACCCACCCUUAGCCCCACCCAUUCUUCCUGAUUCCAUCAAUCCUCAGUAUUCCCAUCAAAGCAGUAAUGAGAUGACAUUAGCUCCUCCUCUUUCAAUUAAUAAUGAGUUUGUGGGUGUGGCUCACCCACCCUUAGCUCCGCCCAUUCUUCCUGAUUCUGUCAAUCCUCAGUAUUCCCAUCAGAGCAGUAAUGAGAUAGCAUUAGCUCCUCAUCUUUCAAUUAAUAAUGAGUUUGUGGGUGUGGUUGAGACCAACGCCCACCUAACAGGGCGGAGACUAACUAACGCUGACCUUGCUGAUUCUCUACCAGCCCCUAAUGAGGUCGACCCUGUUAAUUACCAAUCUAAUGAACCAGUAUCUACCGAACCUGUCUCACCUCUUGAUGAAGAGAGAGAGAUUACUGAAGGUGAUUCGAAUCCUCCAUCAGCUGCUCCCUCCCUCUCAUCUCUCCUUCCACUGGACACUGGUGACGCCCAGCGAUCAGCUCUGAUGGACUCACCUGUACAACUGGUACCUCCACUGUCUCUAGGGGAGGAGGUACCCACGUCUACUGCCACUGCCGGGGGUAACGUACAUGUACAUGUACAACCUGAAGAACAGACACUCUGUCAUCAGCCGCUAGUUACUGUCCCUAAAGGUCCAAUGGAUAUUACUCCUCCUGAUGGUGAACCAACCACUACUGCCCCUCCCCUUUCUCUGGCUCCGCCUACUCCAAUAACAUCUGUACCUCCAACUGUCUCUCUUGCAUUCUCUUCAAUUGCUCCGCCCACUUCUAUUUCAGCCCCGCCCUCUAAUCUAAGACUAUCGGACAAUCCCUCAGACCCUCCCCUAUCAGCAUUCUCUCCUCCCAGCGAUAAACAGACCACGCCUACUUCAACUCUACCUCAAGCCACACCUACUUUAGAGCAUAAGGUACAAGAGGUACCACCCGAUAGACCAGGGGAAGUCCCUUCUCGUUCCAACGAGGAGGAGAGAGGAAGCAGUCGGUUGUCCCCUCGUCAAGAUUAUGAGGGGCACUCACAAAGCAUGUAUGAUAGGAGAUACGAUCAUUAUGACCACGCCCACUACUACGAUAGGUACAACACUAGUUACUAUGACGACAGAGACUAUUACUAUAGAAACCAGCAGCAUAGAUAUGGUGAUAGAGAUCACCGGAAUCAAUAUCGCGUUAGAAAUGAUUGGAAUGAGUAUGAUCGUGCUAGACGUCCUGAUCCCAGGUAUCACUGGAAUCAGAGAUAUGAUCGAUAUCAUGAUUACUAUGAUCCGAGAUAUGAUUGGAGAGACCAGGAGAGGUACAGAUCAAGAGAUGAUCGCUAUGAUAUGAGAUAUCAACGUGAGAGACAUUACGAUCAGCAGCAUCAGUAUUAUUAUCAAGAUGGAAGAGGUUAUGCUGACCAGACCUACUAUGACGAACAGGGAUAUCCCCUUUCUUCAGGAUAUUCUCAGGAUACUUCAGUAAUCUAUAGUCAGGAUAACAGUUAUUAUGACAGUGAAGCAGCUCCUUAUGAAUCCACUCAUAUUGAAGCCCCACCCACUGAUAGCUAUGGAGGACCUUAUCCACCGUAUAUUGAUGAUAGGUACCCUGUAGGCGGAGCUUAUGAUCAGCAAUACGAAGGUAAUCAUUGGAGGAAUAAUGAAACUUUUUAUUACAUUUUCUGA